CAAAUGAUAUAUAAUUAUGGGACCCUGUAGUGUUCAACAUUCAACAGCGCUGAAUUUUGAAAGGAUAUUACUGAUUCUCAUAACGGGACAAUGGAGAGGAAACAGCAAUAUAUGAUUUUUGUGAUUGCCAUCACUUUGGUUGUAGUUUGUCUUUCCGUAAAGCCGGAUGAUUGCGAUCCUUCAGACAUGUGUAAUAACGGGAAAUCAAAGCCAAAAUGCAGGAGUCCCGACGUAGGCUGUAAACCAAACGAAGUAGCUGAGGGCAACUGUUCCCUAACUUUGUGCUGCGCUUCACCAGCAAGCGAUGCAGAAUGCCAAUGCAUAAGUGGUGAACCGGGGAAUUCUGGAUGUAUCAAAUGUUGCAGACCGGAUAAAAGCAAUAAAUUGAAAGAUGAAUGAACAUCAGCACGGCGCUUCACAAACGAAUGGUUUCAACAAAAGCAGACAUCGUUUACUUACGAUUUAUUACUACACAUCGUUUUACUAUCGAAUGAACUGAAUUAAACUGAACAAUAAAAAAGCAAGCAUAAAGCGUUUUACUUAUGAAAGGAAAUAGUACGAUUGAACACAAAGCCAUAUAUUAAUUUGACGGAUUGAACUGCAAUCAUACUCUGCAGUUAUAACAUAAUUAUCAUUGGAACUAUCUCUAACAACUGCUACUUCUAAUUCAUUUAAUAAUGAAGCAUUAUAAAGUAGUUAUUCCUAUUUCUCCCGUUUCUUAAUCUAGCUAUUACAAAAACUACUAUUUCUUUCUCUACUACAACUUAAAGCCUAGUGGUGUGAUCUUUUUAACUGAUUAAAGAUAACUGAUG